AUGUGUUGUUGUUUUUCUCCCAUUAUCACAAAGUAUGCUGACAAAAAUGAAAAAUUGCAUUUAUCUAUUACUUCCUGUGUCUUAUUCAGCAACCAGGAUGACUACCAGCUUGUGCGAAAGCUUGGAAGAGGCAAAUACAGUGAAGUGUUUGAGGCCAUCAACAUCAACAGCAACGACAGAGUAGUUGUUAAAAUCCUAAAGCCUGUUAAAAAGAAGAAGAUUAAGCGUGAGAUCAAAAUUCUGGAGAACUUAAGAGGAGGAACCAACAUCAUUCGUCUUGUAGACACAGUGAAGGAUCCUGUGUCUAGAACGCCAGCCCUUGUGUUUGAGUACAUCAAUAACACAGACUUCAAGGAUCUCUAUCAGAGACUAACAGACUUCGAUAUCCGGUUCUACUUGUAUGAACUUCUAAAGGCACUGGACUACUCUCAUAGCAUGGGCAUCAUGCAUCGGGAUGUCAAACCUCAUAAUGUCAUGAUAGACCACCAAAUGAGAAAGUUGCGGCUAAUAGAUUGGGGUCUUGCUGAGUUUUACCAUCCCACGCAGGAAUACAAUGUAAGGGUCGCCUCAAGAUCAUAUAAGGGACCAGAACUACUGGUUGACUAUCAGAUGUAUGACUACAGUUUGGACAUGUGGAGCUUAGGCUGUAUGUUAGCCAGUAUGAUCUUCCAGAAAGAGCCAUUUUUCCAUGGUCAAGACAACUAUGACCAGUUGGUCAGAAUUGCCAAGGUUCUUGGAACAGAAGAGCUCUUCAGCUACCUGAACAAGUAUCACAUUGAGCUGGACACACGUUUCAAAGAUCUGCUUGGCCAGCAGACCCGUAAGCGCUGGGAGAACUUUGUUCAGCCAGAGAAUCAGCAUUUGGUGAGCCCAGAGGCUUUGGAUUUGCUGGAUAAACUCCUGCGUUACGAUCAUCAACAGAGACUGACUGCCCAAGAGGCCAUGGAACACCCUUACUUUUAUCCUGUGCUGAAGGGACAGCCUCUGUCAAACUCAGAAGGCGCACUGGCAAUAAGCAGCUCAACCACAACAUGAUGGGCAAAAGCAGGAAAACCUUUUUACCUCAACGUGUCGUGCAGAGACAUGCUGCCUUUCAGGUGUGAAGCUUCAGUUUACUGGAGCAAGAAGUUAAGCAACACAAGACUUGUACAGAAUGAACACAACAGGCUGUUGUCCCUCUCCUACAUUCACUUUGUAUUAGUGCUGCUUGCCAUUGUUAUCUAGGUACCCAACUGGUAUUAUUCCCCCAUCUCCCCCCUUUUGAGUUGGACGUCUCCAUUUCAUUUUUUGAACAACACUGAAUUAAGCUAUGAUAUUAUGACUGGGAAAGAAUGCCUGCUCUUUCCCCAUGAUUCUCAGGCUGUUGAUGACCCAUGGGGGCUCCUGAUCCUGGUUGCGUUAUAUACUGGAAGAUUGUGUUGUUCAAUGACUUGCCCUGCUGAUAUGAGCUCAGAUUAUAAACUAUAGUAUUGUCAGGUAUGGAGGCUUUACUGCAAUUUAUUGAAAAUAAGAUAUAUUAAAUGAAACCGUUUUUAA